AUGGCUACCAGAACUAGUACCAUUCUGACUUUUGAAUUCGGUGUAUCAGACUCUAGCAAGAAAACAUGGAGUCCACCAUUUGCCACUUCACCUGGAAGAUUCUGGCAAUUGCACUACAGAGCUAUUUCUUCAAAAAAAUCUCAGCAUUCACAAGACUCACAUGACAACUGUACAAUAGCGUUGGCAGCGAUUCCCAACGAGCAAGAAGUGCAAUUACCGGCAGCAUGGACUGAGAGAAAUAAAUUGACUGGUACUUUAUAUUACAAAGAAAAUGCUUUGAUCGGAUUCGGGAAAAUUAUACCACAGCCUAUACAAAUGGAUAGAUAUUCACUGGAAUUGAGAGCAUUAGGAUUCUCUCACCCCCGCUCCGAACUUCCCGAAGGCUUCAUUAUUGGUGUACAAUUCAGUAACGUUCAAGACACGUGUAAAUCAAUGAAAUACCCAUUUCCGACAAAGCCGAUCCCGUCGUCGUUAGUGGACGCGUGGGCUGCCGAGCUGAACAAACAAAGUACAGCGGAUGUGCAGUUUGUGGUUCAAGAGCAGGCGAUUUAUGCCAACAGUUCAAUAUUGUGUCAGCGGUCCGAGUAUUUUCGGAAUUUUUUGAGAUCAAAAUGGGCAGAGUCUAAUUCCUUUGACAACAGCAAUAAUAAUGACAAUAAUGCCAUUGUGAAUACUAUCAACAAUAAUGGGUUCGUCAUAUUUCAACAGCAACAACAACAAUUACAGUCCAUUUCUCAAAACCCACAAAUAAAAUGCACAAUCCAAAUCCCAGACUUUCACCCCGCCACAUUCGCAGAAAUGCUCCGAUUUCUCUACACCGACCAAGUAAACUUUGAUGAUGACACCAACCAAGAAAGCUCUGCACGAACGGCUCUUGCAAUCCUUGAAAUCAGCGAUAAAUAUCUAAUCGGGGAACUUCGCCAACGCGCCAAGGAACGAAUAAUCAGUAGUCUGACUGCUGAAAAUUCCGCAGAAUUUUUAUUCGCACAGGCAUGGAAGUGGCCGGAUGUCAAAAAAGGCGUUUUCGAUUACGUGGUGAGGAAUUUUAACGACGUGCGAAAGUCGGAGGGGUUUCAACGUAUUCGUUCGAAUUUUGAUGCAUAUCCGAUGGCGACUGGGUUAUUUGCUGAUAUUUUGAAUGCUCUUUCGUUAGUUUGA